AUGGCAAAGUUAUAUUUAAUAUUAUAUUAUUUGUUACAAAUAACGGAUAACUUAUGCAAUGCUUAUAUCGAAAGCUUAAAUUCGAGUAAAUAUUUGUUGUCAAAAGCAUUUCCGACUGAAAAUGAUUUAUUAAAUCGUUAUAAACGUCAAGACGAAGAAGGUCAAGAGGUAGCCCGAGCCUUGAUUUGCGAUUUUGGUUCGGGAUCUCUAUUGCAAACAUGUGGUUGGAUUGUUCUGCCAGAUAGUCAUCCAAAGAUUAGAUGGCGAACAGGACAGGGAGCUCAAGCAUAUUGGAUGGGAGGUCCUCGAAAUGAUCAUACUUUGGCCGAUACAAGUGGCGGUUAUGUAUAUUUCGAGACAUCACAUCAGCCCAUUCCCAGUACAGUCACACCAUUAUUAAGUGACUCUUUAAGCUCAAGCAAUACAACAUCUUUAAGUGAUGUCAUUAACACAAAUAAAAAUACAUUAUUACGACCACUUCUCAACAAAUUUCCAGUAUUUCAUCCGAUGUCAUCAGAACCAAGUGGUGAACUCCAAGUGCCAACUUCUGCAUAUUUUCAGGGACCAAAUAUUUCAGACACCGGUCCCAAUGGUUUAUGUUUGAGUUUUUUCUAUGCAAUCGAUGGUUUAAGCGCUGAUAAUCUUGAAAUUCAUUUAAGAGAUGUUGAGACGGGAAUGGAUCGUAUGAUUUGGAAAAGUAGUGAAGGUAUGGAAGGCAUUUGGGUUAGGGGUGAAACUGCUUAUACAUAUGGAUCACUUCAUAAGAUUGUUUUAAAAGCAACGGCAAAAAAACUGGACGAUUCCGAUAGGGCUUACAGAGGAUAUAUAGCUGUAGAUGACGUCCAGUUUCAACCCGUCGAUGAAGCAGAAGAACAAUGCAAAGGUCACUGUACUUUUGAAGGCGGACUCUGCGGAUGGACUAAUCAGGAAGAAAAUGAUGAGUUUGAAUGGACUCUUGGAAGAGGGUCACAAAAUAUAUUUACCGGUCCGUCCCGUGAUUUCAGUAGUUUUGGUCAAAAUGAACAGUCGGGAGGCUUUGUAUACAUAGACGCCUCGUUUCCGCGCAGACCGGGUGAUAGAGCAAUGCUUAUCAGUCCUCUUAUGGAACGAACCGAGGAUAGUUUUCCUCUUUGUAUGAAAUUUGCUACUCAUAUGUAUGGCAAUGGAAUCGGAACUUUAAGAGUAAAAUUAAGAUAUGUUGGAGACGAGGAACGACCUGAAAAAAUAUUAUGGGAAAUGAAAGGAGAAGCCGGCAAUAACUGGUACUUGGGUCAGGUGCCCGUCUCAUCUCCUGUCCAACAAUUUCAUGUUGUAUUUGAAGCAACUAUCGGUCAAAAUUCAUUGGGAAAUAUAGCAAUGGAUAGUAUAUCAUUUCAAAACGGCACCUGUCCCAUUUCACCACAAACGGCAUCGAGAGGUAGUGGUGACUGUACUUUUGAGGAGAAUAUGUGUCUUUGGCACAAUCCUUUACCACAUAGUCGUGUUGAUGACUUUGAUUGGCUAAGACAAUAUAGUUUUGGAGGAACGGGUCCUAAAUAUGAUCACACAAAAAAAUCAGCAGAUGGUUAUUUUAUAAAUUUAAGUGGAGAUCAAUUACAACCUCAAAGAGGGGGAACGAGAGCUUGGCUUUUGAGUCCAGAGUUUACACCGCAAACAACAACUCCAAAAUGCAUGUCUUUCUAUUAUUUCAUGUAUGAGCGCACUAUAGAUCCGGGCGGACCCAGUCUCGGAAGUCUUAGGGUUUAUAUUAAAACAUUAAGUGAUAGCGGAGAACAAUUAAAUUUAAUUUGGCGUCUAAAUAAUCAUCAAGCACUGGGUUGGAGACCAGCACGUCUUCCUCUGGUUCUUGGAUUGGAAAAGAAACCUCCUCUACAAACCUAUCAAAUUCUUAUUGAAGGCAUUUGGGGAGAUGGACGGGUAGGAACUAUUGCUAUAGAUGAUGUUAGCUUUUUUGAUGGUAACUGUGCGACGUUGCCAACAAAAGCUGCCGCAGUUAUAGGCGAGUGCUCUUUUGAAAGAGAUUUGUGUGGUUAUAGAAACCAAUCGGGAUCGGGUCCCGGACCUGAAGUUUCACAAUUUUCACCAUCACCUCAAAAAGCUGCACUCAUCUCAAAUAAAAGACAAUCAUUAAAUAGAUUAUCGGUUUCAUCUAAAGAUUCAUUAACUUGGAAGUUGGCUACACCUACAAGCAGACCGGCUAACUUACAGGACCAUACAUAUAGGGCUCCCAUCGGAUAUCUAUUUUUUGAUGUAUUCAAUCAAAAUGCAAUGCAAUACCCAGUUCUAAGAUCUCCUGAAUUUCCCGGAGGAGAAGGAAAUACUCCUAAAUGUCUGAGUUUUUGGUUUACUCCUUUCGGACGUGGUGAAACAACUUUGUUGAGUGUAUCGAUAGUCACUCAGGACAGUGCAGAGUCAGGUGCUCCUCAAGAAGAGUCUGAUAAACGAGGAAACGGACUGACCAUCGAAACAAAAACAUUAUUGUGGAGAAUGUCUACCCGAAGACUUGAUACGAGUCGACCCGAAUGGAUAUACGGUCAGAUGGCUAUCAACUCUGAAAUACCAUUUCGAGUUCAGUUUGAAGGCGAGGCAUCUGAUGGUGGGUUUGCUUUGGAUGACAUCAAUUAUUAUGACGGCUCGUGUCUAACCCGUCCACCUCAGGCUGCCGUCAAUCAAAAUACACAAUCAGACAGUUUGAAUGUUAACGAGAAGUCACUUCGUGAGCAAUGAU